GGUCUCAGACCUUUAGUUCCUAGUCCUUUUCAUCCUCUGAGUGCCCGGUUGCUUCUCCACAAAAGAAGCCAGUUGAUGCUUCCACUUGUGCCCCUUCUUCUUCCGCGGCACAAGUGGUCUCGAUUGCCCGGUCUAUGGACAAUGGCUUCAUUCUGUUGGAUGACUGGUUGCUCUUGGAGCAACCGUUGUACAUGCAGAAGGCUCAAGUCCACGAGCUGCGCAACCUGAUGCCCGAUGGUUACCAGUUGUCCUACCAGGCAACGUGGAAGAAUAUUAUUUCUCUCCACGCUAGUACGGCGAUUGCAAUCCACUACCAUUCCAUCAAGGACUUGGGUGAAUUCUCCAUUCAUCCCUUCAAAGUCCUUUUCUUUGAGACAUACGAGAUCAUGCUCGGGCAGUUAGCCCCUAAUGGUCACCGUAUGCUCAACAGUUUCAUCAACGUCAAGCCCAGGGAGACUGAUGACCUGGCCGCCUGGGAAGCCACUCUCCGGAUCGGGGACACCUCCACCCGUGGUCCUUAUAACGUCGGGAAGAGGGGGGUCUACCCGGGUCUGGAGACCGACCCCGAACCUGAUAUUGUUCUAGGAGAGGCGAUCCCAGACGCAAUCCCUCUCUACCGCGUGCAAAAGUCCAAAGCCCCGGUCUCUGUCGUUGCCGGUUCUUCGCACCGGGGAAAAAAGAAGGAGAAAGGUCCCUCCCUUAGUUUUCAGAACCGGACCGGAGGAGGUGAGCCCCGGUCUCUAGAACUGAAGGUCCGGUUGGAUGAGGAGCUCUUCCAAGCUUUCUGCGCCGAUCUGAAUGAGCAUGUCGGUCGGAUCGGCCAGGAGUGGUUCACCCCGUUGGUGAAAUCCAAGGAUGAGGAGAAGGCCCGGCAAGAGGGCAUGAUGGUGGCCUGCCGGAAGGAGGCCAAGGCCGCCCAUGAGAAGGCGGAGAAAACUAAAGAGAAGCUGCUGAAGCACUGUGCAGCUUUCCGCAAGCUCUACGCCAAACAUGAAGGGUUGCUGAAAGCCUCCAAAGAGGCCGAUGCUCAAGCUCAGGAGAAGAUCCAAGAGCUUGAGGGGGAGAAGGCGCAGCUGUAGGAAGAAGCCGCCCGAACAUGGUUUCAUAAAUAUGAGCAUUUGUCUGUGAGUUCGUCUGUAUGAACAAAAAAAGGUGGGACAAGCUUGGGGGUACUUAAGCGUUUCCUUACAUUUUUGUUUUAACUUUGCAUGGCAAAAAAAAUGCAAAUUUGCAAGAAGAAAAGAAGUGACAAACCAAAGUAUAUUACUUAUCUCAUAAGACCAACCUGCAUAAGAUUUUACUGUGUCGACAGUCACACUCACACCCGCUCCAAACUGUGUUAGCCUGAAGAAGUAAAUGAUCAUAUAAUAGGUUAAAAUAAGGAACAAUUUAGGCAGGCUGGCUUAAUUUGAAAUCAGCACACACAUAACGAAAAGAGUGAAUAAAUGAAAGGUCUAAUG